AAAGAAAUGCGUGCUGCCGCUCAUUCCGUGAACACGCGAGUUAGAAAAAAAAUCAUUCACAGUUUUCAAUCGUCCAGGAUAGUGUGGAUUCUGCCAGUAGAACUGGAAAUACGAGAUCAUCCUUACUUACUUUUUACGUGAGUGUGUGGUUUUCUAGCAGAGAUCGGCCUCGCCAUCUGUCGAUCGCACGAGUUGCGAGCAGUGAGUCGGUAGUGCAUCUAGUUUACGUUGUGUGUCGCUAGUGUCGCCCGGUAGCGGGUAGCGGCGAAUAGUGCAACGAGACAGUGAGAGACCGUAUUAUACUUUCCCGAAGGGGAAUCUCAAGCCGUUGAUCCAGCGCCAGUAGUACCUCGGCUGCGGAGUUGUAACUCUCGUGCUUCUCGUGUGUACACUUCUCCCCCUCCCCUUAUUAGUCCCUCUCCUGAUUGCUAAAUAAUUAAUUACAAAUAAUUUAUUAGCAAUCAUAAAAUAAUAGUGCACAUUGACUUGGAAAUACAUCUAUUUUUUCCCGAAUUCCCGAAAUAAUCAAGGUGUUUUAAAAUAAAGAUCUGCAAAGUCAAAAUAUUAUCGGUACUUUGUGGAAGAUGUGUGCGAGGGAACGGUGAACUUAUUACUGAGUGGAGUUUUUUUUGAGCCUGACAACGUGCGCGUUUAGUGACCGGCAAUCUAGCGGAUUAAUGGAAUACAAGUGUCAAGUGCAGUGAUCCUAGAGGAUUUAUUUAUUAUUUUUGGGGUUUUUUGGAGAACGCAAAGCGUUCGUUGGGUGUGAGCCCGGGCGGCUAUGCGGCCAAGCGUUUUACCCUCGAGGAGUUAACGCCGCCGAGAACAGAGCAACAGCUCCUCCGGCGACAAUAACAAGGCGUAAAGAUACACGCCAAAAUCAUUCUCCAAACAUGUGGACCACGAUGCUUGUGUGGACGGUGGCCGUUGUUCUUUUACCAUCUCCCAAAGCGGUGCACGCUUCGGGGGUCUUCGAGCUGAGGCUGAAGUCUUUUGUGAAUGAGUACGGGAAGGAUAACUUAGGAAAGUGUUGCUCGGGAAGUACAUCAAGGACAGGAGAGUGUUCAGGUGUUUGUCGGACGCGUUUUAGGGUCUGCCUGAAGCAAUAUCAAGUGAAAAUAGAUACUACAACACCAUGUACUUAUGGUGAUGUUGUCACUCCUGUUCUCGGCGAAAACGUCGUCAACCUGAGUACCAAUGUAGCCCAGCCAAGUUUCACCAACCCCAUCAGAUUCCCCUUCGAAUUCACGUGGCCGGGUACGUUCUCUUUGAUAGUGGAGGCGUAUCACGACGCGGACAAUACAACCCACCAUUCGCCUGAGAAAGUGCUGAUAACGAGGUUGACGACCCAAAGGUGGCUGGAUGUUGGUACUGAGUGGAUUGAAGAUGAACACCGGAGUGCUCACUCGCAGAUGGUCUAUGAGUACAGGGUGACCUGCCUUGCUCACUAUUAUGGCAAGGGCUGUGAGAAUCUCUGUAGGCCCCGGGAUGAUAGCUUUGGGCAUUACAGCUGCAGCCCUACCGGUGAACGCGUUUGCCUCUCCGGAUGGAAGGGCGACUACUGCGCUACCCCCCGCUGCCUGCCCGGAUGCGACGAGCAGCACGGACACUGCAAUCGACCAAACGAAUGCAUAUGUCACAACGGAUGGAAGGGUCCAUACUGCGAUCAGUGCGUGAGGUAUCCUGGGUGUCUUCAUGGAAGUUGUCAUAAACCCUGGGAGUGCCUCUGCGAUGAAGGCUGGGGCGGCCUCUUCUGCAACCAGGAUCUAAACUACUGUACGAAUCACAAGCCCUGCAACAACGGCGGCACCUGCUUCAACACCGGCCAAGGUUCGUACACCUGCUCGUGCGCGCCAGGCUUCACCGGCACGGACUGCGAGACGCCGCUUUUGGACUGUCACUCCAAACCGUGUCUAAAUGGUGGCUCGUGCAGUAUGGAGCACAACAACAACUCUACCAUAACUGAUUCGACAUCAGUUGGCAGAAUCGCCAGAGGGUAUCGAUGCACGUGUCCACCAGGAUGGCGAGGACGUCACUGCGAGGUUAGCACGAGGUCGUGCAGAGACUCACCCUGCUCACACGGAGCCACCUGUGAGGACGAUUCCCUAAAGGGUUAUACCUGUAUGUGUCCACCCGGUUUUACUGGUCAUGAGUGCGAAAUUCAGAUCGACGAGUGUGCGCCCAAUCCCUGUUCCAACGGAGGUACCUGUGCCGACCUCAUAAAUGGCUUCAACUGCACCUGUCCUUCUGGUUUCACCGGCGAACGCUGCGAGAUUAACAUCGACGACUGCCAGGGCGAUCCCUGUCUCAAUGGAGGAACCUGCAAAGAUCUCGUAAAUCAAUUCCGCUGUCUCUGCGUUCCUGGCUACACGGGGAGGCUCUGUCAGGAAAAGGUCGACUACUGCCAAACAAAGCCGUGUGCGAAUGGAGGAAAGUGCAUCCCGGGGACUAAUGACUACCAGUGCAUCUGUAAGGCUGGAUUCACUGGCAAAGACUGCAGCGUGGAUGUCGAUGAGUGCAAAAGCGCUCCCUGUCACAAUGGAGGAACCUGUCGCAACAGGGUCAACGGCUUUGUCUGCGACUGUCCGGAGGGUUUUCGAGGUGAGACCUGCGCCCAGGAAGGAUCCGGCACCGCCAUUCUCUCAGCAGCAGUCGCUGCGAUAAACGUGCCCGUUCCACCCUCGGGCGCCAGUUACUGGUCGGGGAAUCUCUCAAAGCAUGUGGCCUCUGCGGAGGCAAAGGACGCGGGUCUAACAACUGAACACGUCGUGGUAAUUGCGACGUUGUCGACUGCGGUGCCGGCCUUUGUCCUCGUGGCAGCGAUAGCGGUGAUGUGCAUGAAAAGAAGACAGAAGAGGGAGCAGGCGAAGGCGGAUGAGGAAGCGCGGCUGCAGAAUGAGAGAAACGCGGUGCACAGCAGCAUGAGCAAAAGGGGAGUCGGAGUUGGAAGCCUUUCCGGUGGGGGAGUUGGAAAUGGAGGAGGAAUGAUGAGCAACGGGGGUGGUAUCGGGAGUGUCUGCGCCUUGGGGGCUGGUGACGCUCACAUGAUCAAGAACACAUGGACGGCGAACAAAAGUGUGAAUAACGCUUCCACGAGAGAAGAUUUGGAUUCUUCCUUCCAAACGGAAGACUCUUCAUGCUCGGGGUAUAAACCCGAACCAGUUCUCCAAGAUGGCAGGCCGAGGUCGACCAAGCAGCUAAAUACAGAGGCUGCAGCUCAUCGAGCCUCACACCUUUUCCAGAAGGAGAAGGAGUGUAGCAUCGGCGUUGGGGUGGGUGCUAUGGAUUCAAAGAGGACUUCCAUCUUCGCCGGAAAUACGGCGGACUCCUGUUGUGGGGAGGCGGCUUUAAUGAAAAGGCCGUUAGGGGAUCCUCCGGUCGGUUCGGAGGGUUGUGGUGUUUACGUGAUAGACGAUCAUUAUAGGCAUGACGCGUCUCUCGCCGCGACGCUCGCGACGGAAGUGUAGCCGAUGGACCCUAAAAAAGUGAACUCAAGACUUUUCUUUUAUUUGUAGUUGUUUGUACGAUAAAAGAGCGGCGAAUGUGUUCGGUGUGUCUGUGAAUUUGAGUGAAUGCGCGCCGUCUUACCGACGUACGCUAAUUUCGUACGUCUGCUCUCGAAAGCUAUUAACUCUAUAUCGACACGGAAAAACAAGGUAGAGAAAAAGCGACGAAAGAGCGCAGAAUGCUGUGGGGGUCGCGCGCCCCGUCCGUUUAAGUAUUAAUAUUAUCAUGCUCGAAGCACUUUUGUACAGAACUAAUUUAUUAUAUUUGUUAUUUACUAUUACUGCGAUCGCUAUUAAUAUUAUUAUGUCACAUUAUCAUUGUUCCAGUAAUUUGUGCGCCAGAGUGAGAAAGAGAAAACGCGUGUCUGAAACGAUGAUGAGAAAUAGAGAUUAUAGUGUUUUUGUAUAUGACUUUUUUUAUAUGUCUUUUUUUUUCUUUUGGGAUCUCUUUAUUUGACGGUAACGCGUAAAUCGUGGAAAGCAGAGCGAAGAGAUAAUGAUAUGUGACUUUCUAGGCGCAUUGCCUUUGUAUUAAUGAUCUCGAAUACAAUAUUCGUGGAUGACUUUAAUCAGAACUACCAAAGUAUCCAACUAAGAUUCACUUCCGGGUUUGAUCCUUUGGACCCGCGAUGUGCCUGGAAAGACAGUCGAUCGACGUACGUAGAGUUCAUUGGCAGAUGGUUUAACUAAAAAUAAAGACAAGUACACACGUCCGCCGGACAUGACGGCUGAAAAAAAAAUAAAAAGAAACCGUCGGCCAAGAACAAGUACCUAUCGUUGUGUAUACGAAGAACAUACGUAGCCUAAUCUUAAAGUAGUACGUGUUUCUCUUCGAGCGCAGUCGGUCUUCUGAAAAGCAUGGAGUCAAUCUCGAUUCCGGAAUCAUUGUCUCAGUUUUUGGCCCACACGGAAUCGAUGUUUGCUCAAAUUUCUAAAAAUCGACUGACGUUUGACGCUACCGAGUUUACUCGGUAAAUCUCUGUGCUCGAUGUACGCAAAAUGUAUGCGCACAAUGUUCCAAAGUCCAUGAUGUUAUUCGUGUUACGUAUUUUUUUUCCUGUCCUCGCUGAACGUCUUCAGCGAGGACACGAACCACUUCAAUGUCGGCGAUCUCGAAGGCAGCAACAUGCAGCAACUUUCAGCAUUUCCUUGAUAGGUAGGAACUCUAAAAUCAAUUUCGCCACCGCUGGGUAAAGUUUCCGAAAAAUUUUAACUAGAGGUGAAGGAAUCUGAGGGUGAUAUUAAUCGAGGUGUUCCACAUUUUAAAUGCGAGUCGCAGGAAUACUUUUGUAUUGUUCUUGUGACUUGCGAUCCCCGCAUUUAGCCGGAAAGACUGAAGUGAAUUUUUGAAUAGUUUUCGAAGGUAGAUUAUUAGAGUGAAAUUAGAGAGAGAGAGAGAGAGAGAGAGAGAGAGAGAGAGAGAGAGAUAUUGAAAGCAGGAGGAUUGCUGCCUUGGAGGGUCGGUUGAAUGACAAGCGAUGAUUGUGUUAUUAUUGAACGAUUUUUGAUGAUUAUUUAUUUAUGAUAAAGAUGAUGAGAAUUAUAGAUUAUGCUGGCGGUGAUAAUGCUGAUGACGAUGUAGAAGAGGUGACGAUGAUUAACAAAAAUUCGAUGAUGUUCCCGUUAAACAAAAAAAAUGAUAAGAUUAUCAACUAAGUCAGGCUUGUAUCAUCGUUUCCAAACCUUAUUCAACGCGAAUCACGAUUACGAAUAAACAAUUAUAUAAUACGAGAUAUAACGUGUAAUAAAGCUGUUGUAAUUUUUUGUACUUACACAUUUCUCUUUGGACAAUUCGAUAUGUCACUGCGUUCAUAAUCUGUUUAUACCAUUUCUCGAUACUGCAUCCCCAUCUAUUUGUUCAUUUUUCAUUCUUCAUUCUUCCUAUCCCUUUUCGUUAUGUCUGUUUCCAGCGAACCGUCAUCCCUUCGACUUCCACGGAAUGCCAGGCAUUCCGUUCUGUCCCCCUACUCGCAAUAAGUUUAGACGAAUGUUGUAAAGACUUCGAGUAUACCUUUUUGUAUAAAAAAGCCAGAUCUGUAUAUUUGUAGUAGUGUAAAAUUUAAUAUUAUUAUUAAUAUUAUUAUCGUGUAAAUAGAUGAAUUGUCAAAGAACGACGGUGAAGAUUAAUAAUGAUGAUACAUAAAAAAAA